UGACAAUUGUUCGACUGCCAUUUGCAAUUGCCAAUGUCAAUCUCAAUCUCUACUCUCUUAAAAAAAGUUGAAAAUAACCUCACCCAAUACCUCAUUGAAUAUAAUAAAAAUUAUCAAAAUUAAAAUAUGGCGAAACUUGUGGAUUUAGAGUUGAAGAAAGCUUUUUCGGAAUUACAAGUAAAAAUUGUCGAAACCCGAAAGAAAAUCAACGUUAUCGACGUUCAAAUUACAGCAUUGAACAAAGUAUUGAAGUAUAUUGAUUCUUCGCGAAAGGAGUUACAGGUUUUGGAAAAUGAUACCAAAGCUUAUAUUCCAGUGAGCAGAAUGUUUCUUCAGGCAGACUUAGGUGAAUUAAAGGAAAGUAUCGACGACCGUGUCUGUAUGCUUAAUGAACGUAUCGUUGAGUUAGAGAACAAAAAGGAGUACUUGGAAAGAAAACGUAGGGAAAGUGAAGAUAACAUCAGAGAAAUGAUUCAGCUACGGAAGGUGCAGUUCGAGAGUGAAGUCAAUAAAAUGUCUUAAUGCAUCCCAAUUAUGUAUGUCUACAAAUGCACUUUCAAAUUCUAUGGAGGAUUUUUAAUUACUAAUUUACUAUGAUUAAUUUUGACUGCAAAUAUACUGUAUUACUAAUUAUUUAUAAAUUCUUAUAAUUAAAUGAUCUAAUUGUGAUUGCCCAUAUGAUGUUACUGUCUCAAAGGGUUAUUAAUAAAUCCUAAUAAAAACUUAUUAUUUA